AUGUCAACUGUUUCUGGAUCAACUACUAAGUCAUGUAUGUCUGAAAGAGCAAAGGCAGAGAAGAGAUUGCGACUUGCAAAUUUGAGAAAGCAACAAAUUCUGAAGCAAGCUGAGUUGAAACGUGAACAACUGGAGCUAGAUGCCGAAGCCGAGCUGAGAAGUAAGCAAGCCGAUUUGAAACGUAAGCAACUUGAAUUAGAUUCUCAAACUUUAGCAGCCGAAGCAGAUGCUGAAGAAGCUCAAAUUGAGUAUGAUAUGCUGUCAAGUGCUAGCCAUUCAAGACGGGGCUCAGUUAUUGACGGGUCAACAUUUUAUGGAUUUGAGGCUCAAUCUAGUUCUGAGAAAGUUGUCAAGUCAACACCGAUUACUGAUCAUUUGAAGUUAUUAAGUCAAGAUGAUGUGGCUGAUACGUCACUUCCGCCUCCUACGAAACCAUCAAAUGUGUCGGACUUUGAUCCAGAGAAAGCAAAUAGAAUCUUGCGGCAAAUUUUUACUCCUAUGGCAAAUGAUGACAAAGGAUGUAUGUUGGAUCCGAACGUUCCAUUCAUAUCAAAUGAGAAUCAUGUUCCAUCACCUGCGAAGAAUUUGGUGAGUGAUAUUAUGUAUGAUCAUAGAUUUGAUGCCAGUACAAAUCAGCAUCUCAUUCCCUUGAUUCCCACUGAAGUUGGAAAUGUUCAAACUGAAGUGCCGAAUGUUGAACCUGUAAACAGGUCAGCAGCCCAUGAUAUUAAGAUUGAGUCACCGGGUACUAUACGAAGCCAUACUAAGAUGGAAUAUGGUACGCCGGAUCACACUGUUCAUGCAAUGGCGCAGCUGACGCAAGCUUUACAGGGAGGAAUGCUGAAUGUAGCAAAUAUCAUUAAGCAAGGUUUGAUGUUCCCUCAUAUUAAGAUGACAACAUUUAAAGGAGAAAUUCUUAAAUAUACAGAGUUUGUUCGAGAAUUCAAUACUUUUAUUGGUUCGAGUCAAUUGGAUGUUGCUCAAAAAUUGAAUUGUUUGAUUUCCAAUUGUGAAGGUCCUGCUAAAGAAGCAAUAUUGUCAUGUGGUUCUUUACCUGCAGAAAGAGGUUAUGAACUGGCACGAAGUAUUUUGCAUCGAAAUUAUGGUCAGAGGCAUCUCAUAAUUGAUGCACAUAUGCAAUUACUUACUGAAGGUCCCUCAAUAAAGGCGAAUGAUGUUAAUGCAUGGGAUGAAUUGGUCACCCAGGCACGGAAUUGCCUCAUUGUAUUCAAGGAAUAUGAUGCCAGAUGUAGUUUGGAUGAUUUAACUACAUUAAGAAAGAUUGUAAAGAGAUUUCCAAUACAACAUUUAUGGAAAUUUGCUCACAUUGCUAAUGAGAAGUACACCAAUGGAGAUAUUGUCAAUUUUGAUACUCUUCUUACAUUUAUGGAGACAGUUUCAAAUGUGAAUAGAUCUGGAUUUGGUAAGCUUGCACUUGAGACACAUAAAGGAAAGAAAUAUGUUGACAGUCCGAGUCAGCGGGGCAACCGCAGUGUGUCAUCAUUUCUUAUUUCUGAAGAGUCAUCUUCUAAAGCACCCACAGCUGAUCCUAAGUUGAAUCAUUUUGCAAGCCAGUGCAAGUCAAAUUAUCAUUGUAGAGCACCAGGUUGCAAUAGAAGACAUCACACACUGUUGCAUGUUAAUAAGAAGCCUGAUUCAGUGAAACCAAAUGGUAGUACAGAUGUGCAAUCACCUCAAGAUGUGAGGUCUAAUGAGGCCGGAGCUACGACCGCCAAUGAGGCCGGUGUAACUUCGACUCAGUUGUGUGCUACUGAAGUUAAACCUGCCACCUUUAUAAGAAGAAAGGUGGUUCCUGUGCGAGUAUGGGGAACCGAUAAUCAAUCAUACAACACAUAUGGAUUCAUUGAUGAUGGCAGUAAUGUUAGCAUUAUCAAAACUGAGCUUAUGAAGAAACUUGGUUUGCGAGGCACCAGCGACCCACUCGUAAUUAAGACGUUGGGUGGGAAAAUAGAACAUAAAUCAAGUCCUGAAGUGUCACUGAAUAUUCAAGGACUCAAUGAAACUAGGAUUAUUCAGAUGCAUGGAGUUCGAGUGUUGGACGAUCUUCCCUCGGAUUUGGAAUGCAACAUACCGUCUAAUAGUGCGAUGGCGAAAUACGAAUACUUGAAAGAUAUCAAUUUUCCAAAUGCAAAGAAUGCAAAAGUUGAAGUCCUGAUUGGUGUAGAUGUGCCUGAAGCUCAUGCGUGUUAUGGAAUGCGACGUGGGAGUAAUUCAGAGCCAUUUGCUGUGCAUACUGGUCUUGGAUGGGCAUUAUUCGGGCCAGAUGGCAAAUUUCAUCAACCAAGUGUAAAACAUCUUGAUUGGAUUCAUUUGGAUAAUGAAGAAUUGCAUGUUCAGAUGGAGCAAGCUUUUCGGAAUGAAUUAAAGGAUUCUAAUGUCAGCGGAUUCGACACUUUACCAUCUAUUGAAGACAAACAGGCUUUAAAGAUCAUGAAUGAUUCAAUUUGUACAGUGAAUGGAAGAUAUCAAGUCAAGAUUCCAUGGAGGUCAUCUAAUAUCGAGUUGCCUGAUAAUAAGCAAGUUGUUGAACGAAGAUUUGAGAAUUUACAGAGACGUUGUGUCAAAGAUUCUGGAUAUUAUGAAAAAUAUAAAGCCAAGAUGGAUGAAUACAUCUCUAAAGGAUAUGCUAGUAAAAUUGAAGACCAAGAUUUGAUACACAAGAAAAAUACAGGGUAUAUUCCUCACCAUGGGGUUGGAGGAAAAUUUCGAAUUGUUUUUGACGCGUCUGCCAAGUGUAACGAUAUAUCAUUGAAUGACAAUGUUUUAAGCGGACCACCGGAAACAAGCAGUUUGUUUGGUGUCCUUACAAGAUGUCGCGAAGAGAAAGUUCUGAUCAUUGGUGAUAUUUCUGCAAUGUAUCAUCAAUUUUUGGUUGCACCGGAAGACAGAGAUUCUCUGCGGUUCCUUUGGUGGCAAGAUGGAGAUUACAAUCAACCAGUUGCAGAGUAUCGUUGGAAUGUUCACAUUUUUGGUGGCUCUUGGGCUCCUAGUGUAUGCUGUUAUGCCCUGAGGAGAGUUACUGUCGACAAUCGAGAUCACAUGGACAAGGAAACUUUAAGUGCAAUUAAUGAAAAUUUUUACGUCGAUGAUUUGCUUCGGUCAGAGCCAACCGUGGAAGAUGCAGUUCAUCGUAUAAAGGAUUUGUCCUGUCUUCUUGAUGGUUCGGGAUUUCAUCUUACUAAGUUUUUGAGUUCUCAACCUGAAGUUUUGGAAACUAUCUCUGAAGCAGAUAGAUCACCUACUACAAUAAUCAAUAUUGAGCAAAAACCAUAUACAAGACGUGGAUUGUUGGCGAUGCAAGCACAGAUUUUUGAUCCUCUUGGUAUUUUGGGUCCUUUUUUGUUACCUAUGAAGAGAUUACUUCAACAAUUAUGUGCAGAGAAUUUUACCUGGGAUCAACAGUUACCUGAUAAAGCUAUUGAUUUAUGGAAAAAGUGGAUGGUUCAACUUCCUGAAUUUAGAAAAGUUUCUGUGCCAAGAUGGUUCAAAGGCUCCAAAUAUGGUGAUUGUACAAUGCAGUUGCAUACUUUUUGUGACGCCUCUGAAGUUGGUCUGGGAGUUGUGAGUUAUGUUCGAGUUGAAAGCAAGGAUGGCAAUAUACAUUGUGAGUUUAUUGCUGGGAAAUCGCGAGUUGCACCACUGAAGUCCAUUUCAAUUCCUAGACUUGGGUUGUCUGCUGCUGUCAUUGCUGUGAAACUAAGUGCAAUGAUUCAAAAAGAGUCAAAAUAUAAAUUUGAAGAAGUCGUAUUUUGGUCUGAUAGUACAUCAGUGCUGCAAUACAUCAAUAAUGUCAAAACAAGAUUUAAAGUAUUUGUAGGAAAUAGACUUUCUGUAAUACAUGAGCAUUCUACACCAAAGCAAUGGAGAUAUGUUGGCACUAAAGAAAAUCCAGCGGACUUGGCAUCGAGAGGAGUCAUGCCUGAGAAGUUAAGCAAGUGUGAUUUGUGGUUCCAGGGUCCUGAAUUUUUGAGAAAGAGUGAAGAUUAUUGGCCAGAAAGACCAAAAGUUUUGCCAAUGAGUGAAGACAAUUGUGAAAUCAAGAAAGCACACCAGAUGUUUGCUAUAACACAGGAAACGAUUGAGAAAACACCAGUCUUUUUCACGUUAUUGAAGAGAUAUUCAUCUUGGAGAAAAUUACAGAAGUCAGUUGCAUGGUUGACACGUUUCAAGAAAUGUAUGUCAUGGAAAUUUGGUCAUGCUAAUAAACCCGAAUUUUGUAAGGAAGGUUUAACUGUGGAUGAAAUAAAUGCUGCGACUCAUGACAUAUUAUAUCUUGUGCAGAUGGAAAUGUUUUCGGAAGAUGUGUUCAAGAUGGACAAGAAUUCACCAUUGCGAGCUCUAUCACCUUGUUUGAUUGGGGGCUUAAUAUGUGUUGGAGGUAGACUACAGCGAUCUACUUUACCUGAGGAAAGCAAGCAUCAAGUUAUCUUGCCAUACAAUCAUCCUGUGACUGAUCUCAUUAUCAAUUAUUAUCAUUUACUGGAGGGACACAGUGGAACACUGCAUGUCUUAUCUGUUAUUAGACAGCGGUUCUGGAUCAUCAAAGGUCAUUCUGCGGUCAAACGUGUUCUUCGUCAAUGUUUGAAAUGCAAGAAGAGGCGAGCUAAACCAGGUUCGCAAAUUAUGGCACCGCUGCCUGAAUUGAGAGUUAAACCAGGAAACCCACCAUUUAGUGUAACUGGUGUGGAUCUUAUGGGUUAUUUUCAUGUCAAAUCUGGUCGCAGUGAUGUAAAGCGAUGGGCUGUGGCAUUUUCUUGCAUGGCAAGUCGAGCAAUUCAUAUUGAGGUUGUGAAUAGUUUGAACACCUCUGACUUUAUCAAUGCACUGGAAAGAUUUGUAGCAAGAAGAGGUCCUGUAUUGGAGUUGAUUUCUGACAACGGGUCAAAAUUUUACUUCUGCGAAUAA